AUGGAGAAAGAACUUGAAGUGUUGCACAGCCGGUUGUUCAAAGCCAAGGCACGCCCAGAAAAGACAAUGGCCGUCCUGAUAUCCGGCGUUCCAGGCGCCGGCAAGACAUAUCUAGCGCGGCAGUACGUGUUCACUCAGCGUGACUGCUACCCAGGCGGAAUAUUCUGGAUUGACGCCAAGUCCCGCGAAUCAACGUACAAGUGUUUUUGGGAGAUUGCACAAGCAGCUACGCUGAUUGAACAGAAGGUGACCGUGAACACUGGGUAUCAUGAGACUGGAAAGUAUGUGAAUGCAGUCCGCCUCUGGCUUCAGACACGCAAAGAUUGGCUCCUCGUCUUCGAUGGUGUUACCUUCGACCGUGACGACGAUAUCAAUAAGUUCAGGGAGGUCUUGCCAUGGAGCAAACAGUGCAGUAUUAUAUACACCUCGGUCGACACAACCCUGCGCAAAAAACAGCGACUGUACGAGCCAUAUUGUCUGAUGAUCUCGCGGUUGCAAGUGGAAGACGCUUGCAAGCUUUUGUUUAAGGAUCUUGGGAUUACGCGAGCGACACCCGAGCAAAUCUCUAAGGCUACCCGGAUAGUCGAGCACUACGAAUGUCUGCCUUUGGCAAUCCAUGCGAUCGGGCACCGUCUCAACGCAACAGGUAAACCGAUUGAAAAGUAUCAUGUCAAAUCUCAGGUGACGGACAAGAAGCUUGCAGAGCCUUUCUUGAUCAUUAUGAACGAUUUGUUUCGGUUGCAGCAAAAGCAGGCGUUGCACUUGAUUAAUCUUCUCUCGUUUCUUGGCCACCAGGUGCCAGUGGGCCUUCUGAACCUCGGUCGAGCGGCUAUGACCGCUGAGAAUUUGGAGAUACAGACCAGCGGCCAAAUCGGAGAAGAUCCUGAUCUCGAUACCACACUUGGAACCCUCAUUCACUACGGGUUAGUUGAACGGAUUUCAGAUGCCGAUCUCUUUCAGCAGAGGUCGUCCGUGCCUAAUUUUGAGGGCGAUCAUAUGAGCUCGGAUGUGAGGACCGUUCCCGAACUCUCAGAUUCCCUGACAGAGAGUAGCCAGGAAGGAUUUUUUUCCAUUUACCGUCAUGAAUCGGUAGUUGAUGUAGUCAAGAUUCACAGUGUGGUGCAAGGGUUCUGUCGCGAUGAGCUCCGAAUCAAAGACGAGGAGAACAAAGGCAUCAUGAACAAUAAUGACCCUGGUUUCUUCGAUACUUGGUUGAUUGUUGCCACCCGAUUUCUCAUCACGUCGUACGACGCCGCUAUGGGACGGAUGGCUCAUUAUGAAGACUGUGGUCUUGUCCGGGACUAUCGAGAGUACGAAACUCACGCUUCACGACUGCUUGAGCUCUUUCCAAAGAAGACAGCAAUUAAUUUCCAUCCACUAAUCGUUCGUGAAACGCGAGAGAAUUUGCGACGGUUGAUGAGGAUGAUCAGCGAAGAAAUAGAGAACAUGUCUCCAAGCUCCUCACACCACUCUCUACGGAAUCAGAAGUCGGUUUUCGACAGGUCAAGCAGCUCGUCCUCCUCCUUCCGCGAUUCGUCAGCCGACGAAGGUCCAUCGCGCCGGUCUACCUUCAACUGGAGUGAUCUCGGGUCACCUCGAGCGGAGUCUCCCGAGGAGAUAGCUAUGCCACCUCCCCAGUUCAGAUUAGAGCUUUUCCCACCACAUAUCUUCAGACAAUCUGGGUAUGAAUCCGAAGAGGGAUAUGAAACGGACGGGGAAGCCAAGGAGGCAAUUCGAAUUUCUCCUUCGAUGUCGCAAAUGAGCCAAGCUACAGAGAAACCAAACAAUACACCACCCUCAUCGAGUCCUCCACUAACCACUGGCCUAUGGGAAUGGCAAGUGGUCAAUCGACGCUCAAAGCCAGGGCAAAUCAAUGAGAAUCAAACAAAGAGGCGAAACAAAGGGCCCCGUCGCUUUAGAGAUACAAAAUCCGACACCCCACUGGUCAAACUGUCCUCCAUCCAAGGCAAGGGAUCAUCAAGCCGCACAGCCGCUGGCGUAACCGGGAGCUCUUUGAUGAUGGCUUCAGCUGCUGAAAAAGCACUCGCUGCAGUGCGUCGGUCUAGCAAUUCUCAAGCGUCCGCUGGCGCCCCUCAGCCUACAAUCACCUCUCUACCAGCAAACCAAGAGAACAUUCCUACCUAUGCGAAUGUGGUCACCCGACGAAGGUUAGAGGCAGACUCUACAGCGAAACUCCCAUUGUCUGUUCCCGUUUUUCCGGCCUUGGAUCCAGCUAGCGGUUUGCAUUUGAAUGGCGGCUUGCAGAUGAAACCGUCCACCGAGUCGCUCGAUAGUCAAACGGCCUACGCCUUCACGUCUCCGUUAUACCAUGAGGUCACUGACGAAUUAAUGAUUGAGCCUCUAAGUCAGUCAACCUACAGCGAGCCUGAGUUUAAUAUGCCCAAUCAUCACGGAUCAGGUUUACAUACCGCGCCUGGAUCCCGGGUUCCCUCUCGGCGUGGUUCAGUACCACAUCUGGAGGUCCCACAAAGUCUAUCUGCAAGCGUGCCAUCCCUCCUUCCAUACCCACCACCUCUUCCAUACGAUGAGAACAUCUCUGUUACUCUUCCAAGCCACAGAAGAUCCUCUCAAUUAGCACAAGGCUCAAUACCUACCUCGGGCGCUCCUAGACCUUCUUCCAUCGCUCAUCCAUCCGCAAUCAUGCCCAGCGCAUUGUCACUAUCUAAUGCCAAACAACACGUGGGUUCAGCCCCAGAGCGCUCUAUCCCCGAGCCGAUGUCGCGUGACUCUUCGGCUUACUCUCAUCAAUCAUGGGCCACCGAGCCCGUACGAUACCCCCCGCGAUUCUCGCCAAUUCCAAGUUUCCAACAGGCUCCCGAGAUGAUCCCAAGUCCACCAUCGAGCAUGCAGCAUCAACAACAAAUGCUCUCCGGGACCGCUGGCUGGACAACCGAAUCGCCCCUGGCGGGCAGUGCUUUUCAGUCAGAUCCCACCUACCCCAGCCCACCCGUGUCAUCGCAUGGACCGCUUGGCUCCAUGGAUGAGCGAAUGAAAUAUUCCAACCCGGGCUGGAACCCCGAGAUCGAUCCAGUGCAGUAUUUGCAUUUUGGGGGACACCGCGUCGAUGUGCGAGACGCACGACUCCGACUGCAUGGAUCGACCCGAGUGCUGCCCCCGCGUCCCCAGCAGUAUCAGCUAUAUCAUCCCAAUUUGUCGGGUCCUUUGAUUCAGCAUGAGGGUCAGGUCUAUGCACCUGCGCCUGCGCCGCGACUGGAGGUAUAUGGGACUCGUGCGCGGAGUGGAAGUUCCCCUGUGCGCCCUAAUUAUGCUGGUUUGGGGGUGCGGUACCAGUGA